AUGGCCAAAGCUAUCAUUGAUCAUCUCCCUCAACAGAAAUCUCUUGAGGUGCGUGCCUCUUGCUGGCUGGCCUUUCAUAAACGCUUCAACGGUAUUCUCGAGAACGUUAUCCGAUUUGCAAAGCGCGUCCCUGGUUUCGUUACGCUUGAUUCGGCUGAUCAGAUUACUCUGGUUCGUCAUGGUUGCUUUGAGGUAUGCUGGCCUGCAGAGAAAUGCUUUGCUGUAUAG